GCACGAUUGAGUUAGAAGUGAAUUACAUUCAACUAUCAGAUACAAAGCUCAAAUACGAGUCCUCUAUAAUGUCAUAUAGAGACUCAACAUUUACUUACGUUCAUAUGGACGAUCUUAAUCAAGUUCUUUAUAUGGAGAAAUGGCAAGAUGAUCCAAUACCAUUUGAUGAUAUCGAUACACAAGGUUUGUUCGAGGCCACCUCGAGUCUAUUUCCCCAAUUCCUACUAGAAGAUGAAGAGGAUGGUGGUAUUCCAAUAAAUUCAUCAACUUUUGGCGCAAAAGUUUAUAAGAACAGAAGUUUAUUAAAAGAAAAAGUGUGGACUGAUUUAGGGAUAUAUGAUAAAUUCAUUAAGGAAUCAAGCUCGUUACAUAAACAGUCAGAUAAAACAAUCUUGAAGUCUAUUAACACCAAGCUGACAAAUCCUAUGGAUGAGUUGACCACUUCAGAUACUUUAGCGUUGAAUGAGUUUCUUUCAAACGGAUAUGCUACCGAGAAUGCAAUUAAUCAUAUGUUGGCUCCAUCAGACAUAACAAGUAAUAGUAUAAACGCAGGCGAUCUUUCUAUUACAUCUGCUUCUGAUUACUUGGGCCCAGGAAACAAUACAUUUAUUCUUAAGUCUAAUUUACCCAGUGGAUCUACUUCCCAGGCUCAGGUCCAGUCUCACCAUACUCCUCAACAACCCGGGGCCAAUCAACUGUUUCACCAUCAACAAGGACAAUCAAUAUACUCGGUACAGACUCCUCGAGUGGGCCGAACUAGACAGUUGUCCACCGACAAGAACCUACAGACACCAAUUACAAGAAUUGUUAGAUAGUGUUUCCUAAGAAUAAUUAAUUUGUGUAUUUAC